AAAGCUUCGAAUCCUUCACCUUUCCAUUCACAAAAUCUUAAUUUCUGUAAAAGGAAAAAAACAAGGAAUAAUCAUAAAAAAUGGUGGGUGUUUGGGUGAGGUGAGAAGAAGACUCUGGAUGGAGUCGGACUCGAAUGGAUGGAGUCGAGCUCGAGGUUUGAUUUUGAAGACUCUGCUUUUGAUUGGAGGCGCUCUUCUCCUCAAAAGGUUAACCAAAUCCACCACUCGCAGGGACCACGCCAAAAUCCUUGCUCGCUCUCUUAGCGGCGAGAAGUUCUCGCAGGAGCAAGCCUCUAGAAAUCCAGAUAGUUACUUCAACAUCAGAACGCUUACUUGCCCGGCAACAGAGAUGGCGGAUGGUUCAAAGGUUUUAUAUUCGGAACAGGCAUUUUGGAGGACUCCCCAUAAACCUUUUCGGCAGAGGUUUUACAUGGUGAAGCCCUGUCCGAAAGAUUUGAAGUGUGAUGUAGAGGUAGGUACUUAUGCGAUUAGAGACAUGGAUGAAUACAAGAAUUUCUGUGAUCGUGCAAGGGAUCAACGCCCUCUGCCUGAAGAAGUUAUUGAUGAUGUUGCUGAACAUCUGACAACUAUACAUCUCAAACGCUGUGAGAGGGGGAAACGCUGUCUGUACGAAGGCUCAACUCCACCAGGCGGAUUCCCAAAUUCAUGGAAUGGAGCAACACACUGCACUUCAGAAUUGUCGGUUUUGAAGAACAAUGAGAUACAUACCUGGGAUAGGGGUUAUGAUGACGAUGGAAAUCAGGUUUGGGGAGCGAAGGAAGGUCCUUAUGAAUUCAAGCCUGCGCCUGUGUCUGCAUCUAGUUUCAAUCUAAACUUUGCCCCUUCAUAAUCUGUAAAAUUCGAA